AUGCCUGAGGUAAGGGAUCUCUCGGAAUCUUUACCGGACAUAUCUAUGGAUCCCAUCACAGGGGUCGGAGUGGUGGCAUCACGCAACCGAGCUCCUGCAGGCUACGAUGUGGUUUCACAGACCACUGAUGGCCUGGAUGCAGACUUGUGGAAAGACAGCUUGUUUAAGUCCAAGGUUACAAGAUACCUCUGUUUCACCAGGGUGUUUUCCCGGGAAAAUAGCCAUUUAGGUAACGUUCUUGUUGACAUGAAACUGAUCGAUAUUAAAGACACUUUGCCAGUCGGGUUUAUUCCAAUUCAAGAAACUGUGGACACACAGGAAGUUGCAUUCAGAAAAAAGCGCUUGUGUAUAAAGUUUAUCCCUCGAGAUUCAACCGAAUCGGCCAUUUGUGACAUCCGUGUGUUGAGUCGUUCGAAACAGGCCCCACCUCAGUACACAUUCAUAGGAGAAUUGAACAGCAUGGGCAUCUGGUACAGAAUGGGAAGAGUCCCUCGGGCCCCGGAGUCUCCAGAGCUCUCCUCUCCAUCCUCUCCGUCUGCUGUGGUCACCUCGGCAUCUGUUCCUAACCUUCCAAGACAUAUCUCGCUGACACUACCUGCCACGUUCCGUGGGAGAAAUAAUACGAGACCUGACUUCGAGAAACACUCCAACUUGUACGCCAUUUCAGCAAUGGACGGUGUACCUUUCAUGAUAUCAGAAAAGUUUGCAUGCGCUUCUGAAGCGAUGCAGCAGGUUGAUCUCUUGGGAAUCACAAUAAAGUCACUGGCAGAAAUAGAGAAGGAGUAUGAUUACAGCUUCAGAACAGACGCUGCAGCACGUUUGCCUCCCAGCCCUGCCCGCUGCCAGCAGAUGCCCCCGCCGUGAUAGAAGAGAAUGCAAGUUUUGGAAUCGCCAUAAAAUACUACUGAGCAGAACCCAUUGCUGCUGUCGUGACCUUUAACCCUAAUUCCUACCAGGGCAGUCGGAAAAUAAGCAAUUUUUCUAACACUGUUUUUUUUUGUAUUUUGUAAAUAUAAAUCCUUAAAAAAUAGUUUGAGAUGGAUUAAUAUCUGUGAGCCUUUUUGGGCUCCAAUGCCUCAGUGUUAACUAGUACUAAAUAUGACUGCGCACUUCAUGUCUGUAGAAGGAGAUGCCAG